GAUCAUUAAAACCAAGAAGAGGAAGAAAAAGAAGCAGAUCACAGAGAGAGAGAGAGAGAUGUAUCCAAACAAUAAAGGUGGUUCAGAUGAUCAUGAUAGACCACUGCUGGUGAAGUAUUCAUCAGAUGGAAGAGGAGGAGGUGGUGGUGGAGUGGAGGAGAGGUGGUGGAAGAAGGUGUUGGAUUUGGAAGAAGCAAAGCAUCAGGUGUUGUUUUCAUUACCAAUGAUAAUUACAAAUGUUUCAUACUACUUCAUUCCUCUGGUGGGUGUCAUGUUUUCCGGUCACCUCGGAGACCUCGAGCUCGCCGCCUCCAACCUUGCCAACUCCUGGGCCUUCGUCACCGGCUACGCUUUUCUGAUGGGCCUAAGUGGUGCAUUAGAAACAUUAUGCGGGCAAGGAUACGGUGCAAAACUCUACAGCAUGCUUGGCUUACACCUCCAAGCAUCAUGUAUAAUCUCUGUGUUCUUCUCAAUCUUCAUCUCAAUUUUCUGGUUCUAUUCCGAGCCCAUUUUGAUCUUACUCCACCAAGAUCCUCAAGUUUCACACGCUGCAGCGCUCUACAUCAGAUUUCUUGUCCCGGGUUUGUUUGCAUUUGGGCUUUUGCACAACAUUUUGAGGUUUCUUCAAACACAGAGUGUUGUCAUGCCACUUGUUGUCUGCUCGGUCCUCCCAUUGAUCAGUCACAUUAGCAUUGCCUAUGUUUUUGUUUACUGGACACCUCUUGGAUUCAAGGGAGCUGCAUUGUCGGUGUCAAUCUCAUUGUGGAUCGCAGCCCUUAUGUUGGGUGUUUAUGUGCUUUGCGCAAAGAGAUUUGAGUCUACUUGGCAUGGAUUUUCAAUCGAGUCAUUUCGUCAUGUUUUUGUGAACUUGAAAUUGGCUCUUCCCUCUGCAGCAAUGUUGUGUUUAGAGGAUUGGGCAUUUGAGCUGCUGGUACUGUUAGCUGGGUUGAUGCCAAAUGCAGAAAUAACAACUUCAUUGAUUGCAAUGUGUGUCAAUACAGAAGCUAUCGCCUUCAUGAUUACUUAUGGUCUCAGCGCUGCUGUUAGCACAAGGGUGUCGAACGAGUUAGGAGCAGGCAAUCCAGACCGAGCUAAGAAAGCCAUGGGUGUGACUCUCAAGCUCUCUAUCUUGCUUGCUCUCACUGUUGUAUUGGCUCUAUCCUUUGGUCACAAUAUCUGGGCUGGCUUCUUCAGUGAUGGUCCAACAAUUACAAAGGAAUUUGCUUCAUUGACCCCAUUUCUUGUGGUUUCUAUCAUGUUCGAUUCCUUCCAAGGUGUCUUAUCAGGGGUGGCAAGAGGAUGUGGAUGGCAGCAGGCAGCAGUGUACGUUAAUUUGGCAACAUUCUAUUUGAUUGGCAUGCCCAUUGCCAUCCUUCUAGGGUUUAAAUUUAAACUAUAUGCUCAGGGUUUGUGGGCGGGCUUAACCUGUGGUCUCGCAUGCCAGGGAGCCACUCUUUUGGUGCUUACAAAGCUCUCUAAAUGGACUAUACUAGAGCAAUCGGAAAACAACUCUGAAGAGAAACAUGUUCUCGUUUAACCUAUUUUACUUUUUGAUAUGAGAUAGUACAUUUAAUUUUGUAAUCAGAUUAUAUGCACGUAAUAUAAAUAUAUAUUAUUAUAGUCAAGAAUAAUAGUCACAAAAUGAACAUACUUUUCAAAAUAAGUUGAAAGUGUCCAGAUGAAUCUCAUAAAAUGGUCACAAAUAUAAGCUGAAGAGUGAGUAGUCUUUGUCUCACAUCUAUAACUUCUUGUGUAAAUUUCAUCAACAUUCCUAGAAUGAUUAUACUUUUUGAGAUCACAUUUGAAGAUUGUAAUUGACUUGAUGUAUGACUACACACCAUUAAUUAUAAUAAAAACAAGCAUGGCCUCAAUAUUAUGA